AUGGGCCUGAGCCCGCUGCUGCGGCAGGAGCUGGACAACCUGGACAAGGACGCCGAUAGCCGCCGCGCUGCCAUGAAGGCGCUCAAGUCCUACGCCAGGCACCUGGACUCCAAGUCCAUCCCGCACUUCCUCGCCGAGGUCUCCGACACCACCACGGCCGCGGGCGGCGCCGCAGGCGCCGGCAUGCCGACUGGUGAGUUCACCAUCUCGCUCUACGAGGUGCUGGCGCGGGUGCACGGGCGCAACAUCGUGCCGCAGAUCGGCAACAUCAUGGCCACCAUCAUGCGCACGCUCUCCUCCAGCGGGGGAUCCUUCCCGCUCCACCAGGCCUGCUCCAAGGUGGUGCCCGCCAUCGCGCGGUACGGCAUCGACCCGUCGUCCACGCCCGACGACGAGAAGGCCGCCAUCAUCGCGUCCCUCUGCAGGCCUCUCUGCGGCGCACUCAUGGGGACGAUCCAGCAGGACGGCGGCGCCGCGUCCGGCGCGGCGCUGUGCCUGAAGGCGCUCGUCGAGUCCACCAACUGGAGGUUCGCGUCCGGGGAGAUGGUGAACGAGGUCUGCCUCAAGGUGGCCGGGGCGAUGCACGACCGGGCAACGGGCUCGAACGCGCACAUGGGCCUCGCCAUGGCGCUGGUGAAGCACAAUGGCCUGAUCGCGGAGGCGUACGCGAGGUCCAUUGUGCGGUCGGGGCUGCAGAUCCUUGAUGGGGACACGGCGGAGAGCAGCUCGCAGAAGCGCCUCUCGGCGAUCCAGAUGAUCAACUUCUUCAUGAAGUUUGUUGACCCCAGGUGCUUGUCUUCAGAGCUUGGCAGGGUGAUUGCUGUGAUGGAGAAGUGCCAGAAUGACCGCAUGCCGUUCGUGCGAGGUGCUGCAUUUGAGGCAUCACAGAGCGCGAAGAGCAUCGCCUCGCAGAAGGGAUCAAGACAUGAGGUUGGCUCCAUUUUUUCACAAGAGAAGGGAGAAGAGCCCGUGCAGGAGCCUCUGGAGUGCCAAGGGCAGCCCUGCAGGCUCCACCGUCGCUGCUUCUCCAGCCCAGUUCAGCUUUGCUCAAACAGCAAUUCCUAUGAAGAUGACUUGGGCGAGGUCUGUGACAGUGAGGUGACUGAUGCUAACUUUGAGUGCACUAACACAUUUGCAGGAUUUGUGUCACGAAGCCCAAAUGGCUCCAUAUCAAGAGACAAGACUCCCAGUCCCAGGGCUUCAGACAGGCCGAUCAGCAUUGAUAACGUGAAGAUAUACUCAACACCAAGGAAGCUUCUCCGAUUGCUUCAAAGCUCAUACGACUCUGACUCUGCUAGCAUUGUGGGGCAAUCCACUGCAAAGCUCAGUGGCUUAUCAUCACCAGAUCAGGAACAUGAGGAACUAGUGAUCUCAUCUGAACAGAUGCAAUCUCUGCAUUCAGACAGCAAAGCUGAUGAGAUGAACGAUGAGAAUGAAACCAUUGAUAUGCAGAACAGCAAUGAUAGGACUGAGACUCUAUCCAAUGCCGAUGAAUCAGGACUUUCCACUACCGAGGCUGAGAACACAUCGAGCAAGGCUUCCCCUGAAAUUGAACUUAAAGAGGAUGAUGUCUGUAUUACAAGCAGCAUAGUGAAGACGAGGAAGUAUAGAACAAAAUUCACUUUUGUUCUGAGCAUGAUUGUGAUUGUUUUAGCGAUCAUCACCAUGUUUAUUAGGAUAGAGAAUUAUGAUGAUUCAGUGUACCUUGUCCCCACUUGA